GGUAUUGUAUGAUGAGGGUACUAAACGCCAGAUUCUCAAAAUCUGGGUAUUAUCAUAGGUGAGCAUAUAAUCUUUUUCUGGUUAGACCUUUUAAGUUUAAAGAAUUCUUGUUUCAACCUUCAACUUCCUUAAUAAGACAUUGAAUACUGGGAUUUGUUUUGCUGAAGGUGGCGUUUUAGCAAUAUCAUAUCCAAGCCACGAAUACUUUGCUACUCGGAAGAGUAAUCUUGGAGUAUUUUGCAUGCAGAAAUAAGGUUUCAGUUUAAGGCCAGCACCUAUAAGAGAGUUUGUGGCUCGAGUAUACCUUAUCACUUUCUGUUAUUUGUACCAACAUCCACUUCUAUGACUAUAUCCAAUCAUAUGAGUCAUUAGCAAGCAAUUUUAGGUAUCCUUAGUCAUGAACAUUGUAAAAAAUGCAUGAUAUUUGCUGUUUCCCAAGUAUACACGAUGUCUAUACUCUAUAAUCAAGAUAACAUUUUUAGCUCUGGCUAGACAUCGGUUCUCAUGAAUGCAAAUUUGAUUUUCUAGAAAUAUUAAAGACACAGAAUUAGGACUAUUUUUGGGAGGAUUAAUCUCUGGUUGUAGUCAUGUGAUAGAAAAAUAUUGGGGCUUCCAUGUGCUACAUGUCAAAGAAACAAAGACAGAUAUUAUCAACAUGGGUGAUGCUACUCAUUGAUCCUUACUACCUAUUAUCCAUCGUUGUUGAAGGAUUCCAUUUUAGAUAUGGUGAUUGCCUUGGGAGGAAUUCUUCAAUCGGACAACAAAAGAAUAUUGGACCUGGCAGCAGAUGUGGCUCAGAAGUUAGUUACUACCUUAGGAAAUACCAUUCACAGAUAUCCCAUGUCGGAGGUUAUUAUUCAUCUGUCAUGCUUAUUGUCAUUAUCUGAGUUGCCUGUUGCAAUCUCAUCUGCCAUUGCAUUAAACCGCAUCCUCACAAACCUAGGACCGGCAAGAGGCAAAGUUCUCAAGGAAAUAUGGAAUGCUCUGGAAAAAGCUGACUCAGUUGGCAAUGUCAUGUGCGCAUUACAAAAUUAUGAGAUUGAAACUCAACCGAUUGAAUAUUUCCUUGUGAUGGCAACUCUUCUUGAGUCUAUACUUCGGAGAUGGUCUCUCUCUAGAUAUCCGGUUUGGAGUAACAGUAAGCUGAUGGUCAUUCUUCAAGAUAGAUGUUCUCAAUCUGAAAUUUCCAUUUCUAAUGCUGUUCUAAAGCUAUAUUCUGCACUAGCUCUAUGUGGUAAUGUGGCGGUGAAGCUUCUUGAGAACAAGGAUUUUCUCUCUAUGGUCGUACGAAGCAUGGGACUUUCUGUCCCUUUCAGUGUUAGAAUUGAGGCUCUAAGGCUAUGUCAAUGUCUAAGUAAAUCUGGAGAUGCAUGCUCUAUGCUAAAUGGCUUGUACUGCGAGCCUAUUAUUCAAGGCUUAGUUGGUGCACUGGGUGGAUGGAGGUCUUCAUGUUCCAAAAGGGUUCCAUCUGAUCAGUUGCCGUUGGUGUUGGAGGCAUGUCGUGCUACACUAUUAACGCGUUGGGCCGGGAACCAUCAUUCAUAUUUCUGGAAACAUGAGAUUGAUAGAGUCCUUCUCGAUAUUCUUCUUGGUGAUUGCACAGUGAGUUAUGAAGCUAAAGUGGCAUUGUCAUCUGAUGAGUUAGUAGCUAUAAUAUAUGACAAUACAGCAGAUACAAGACCCUUUGUGUGGGAUAUCCUUGGGAACCUUGCAGUUCACUGUAAAGAAGAUUUUCUUUCAAAAACUAAAGGAGCACUCUGCUACCUAGAUUUUCUCAUUUCUUGUGCAUGCUCUGUGGCAACAGAUUUGAUGCGUAAGGGAUGCAGUUCCUUGUCUUCUUACAUGAAUGAACUUGAACCUGUAUCUAGGGCAGUUUUGCUGAUGGUCUUUUCACCAUGCAAGUACAUUGCUUCACAAGCUAUAUACUAUCUUUCAGAAACUUUGAGAGCUUUUGGUGAUGUCUGUUUGGAGUACGUACUGGCUUCCCUAAAACUAAAUGCUUCUGGGGAUGUCUCUUUAGUAGCUGAUAGUUAUCAUACAAUAACUAAUCUCAUAAGUUUGGCAUGCUAUUCAACUUUACCGAAAUAUCAUGAGCUUAUUGUCAAAAGAGAAGGUAUAAGCUCACUGUCUUCCAUCAUCAAGAUGUGCUUAAAUGGUGACAUACAUAUUGGUAGGUCAAACAACGCAUCUCAUCUGCAGAGUAUUUCUUAUGGCACAGAAUGCUGUUUAAGUAAUGUGAGUAGCUUGGAAGGUGAAGAAGUUAUUUUACUUUAUAGCCUUCAGGCACUUUCUCAGUUGAUUGCAUUUCUCAACAUUGUGUGCAACCACCAUAAAAUAGUUUUAGGAGAGAUUGUUGUGUGCAAGAAGUGUAGGAACUCUGAUGCUUAUAAUUUAUUUGAAAGCCUAUGGUAUAUCUUGAAUAACAGCUUUGGCUCUGGCCCUAAAUGGUAUUCGGCAUACAUAUUGAGCUUUUUUGGUUUCUAUGGCUUCCCAAGCAAGCUUGGCAAAAAGAUAGCAAAAGCAAUUGACGAGAACGAACUAGCUGACAUUGAAUUACUACUUGCAAAAGGUCAGUCCUUGCAAGUCCAUUCUCCUAUUAUUGUGGCUAGGUGUCCAUACUUGCUGUCUAAUGAAACAUCUCUACCAAAGAAAAGUGCCUGGAAUGAUUGGAAAGAUCAAAAUAGUGAACAUCAUCACAGAAAAAUGAGGCAUGAGAUCCGAAUCUCAGACCGUGUGGAUAGUGUUUCUUUUGUAAAGCUUUUGGAAUAUAUUUAUACUGGAUUCAUCCAGGCGGAUGAUAAUCUCAGGACACCCCUGAAAGUUCUUGCAAAGCACUGUGGAUUGAAGUCUUUAUAUGAUAUGCUUAGUCGAAAACUGCCAGAAUGGGGCACUGCUUGUGCCAGUUGCAAUUUUUCUGAAGCACUUGAACCAAUUGGAAAUCAGUUAUCAGAUAUUAUAUUGGAAGCAAAGGUGAUCGAGGGAGUUUCUUGGAGUUGUGCUAUAUGCCGGUCAUCGGUACCACAUAUGCAUGCCCACAAGAUCAUAUUGUUAUCCAGUUGCGAUUAUCUACGGGCUCUGUUCCAAUCCGGAAUGCAUGACAGUUGCUCGCAAGUUAUCAAAGUUCCUAUUAGCUGGAAAGCAUUAGUCAAAUUAGUUCACUGGUUUUAUUUGGGAUACCUGCCGAGCAUCAAACAAGACUGUACCUGGAACAAUCUGGACCCGGAGUGGCAGCUGCAUGAGUUGCAGGUGUACGUAGAGCUUUCUUCACUUGCUGAAUUCUGGUGCUUAGAAGAAGUUGAAGAACAGAGCUUCAAAGUAGUCGUAUCAUGCAUAAAUUCACAACAAAAAUCUUCUCUUGAGCUUAUUCGUUUUGCUGCAAGCCUCAAUCAAUGGAAAAUUGUUACUGUUGGUGUCAGUAGCAUAGCUUCUAUAUACCCUAAGUUGCGUGAUGGUGGUGAACUCGAGGACCUUGAUGAAGAACUGGUUGAUAUGUUACGAGCAAAAUAUGUUUGUUACUGUCAGCAUGGUGAUAAUGCAUUUGAUUGACAGCAAUAAGCUUCUUAUGUAUAGAAAACAUUAUUUUUUUUCUGUGGUUUAAGCAGGACUUAUAGUGGUCUAGCUGCAAAGCUUCAAGCCUUCAAUGGCCCUUCGCCAGCAUUAUAUAUUCUGAAGAUUCAGUUGCUCAUUCAUUUAGUCGAGAAGCAAUGAUGUUUUUAGAGCAUUAAAAAUAGACCUCAGUUUUUCGAUUAUAAAGAGGCUUUGCAGAUGGUAACAGUAAGUUAGGCUAGAUGAGAUGUAUUCAUAUCAAUAUCAAUUGAGGGUUACUGCUGUACAUGUACACUAGGAUGAUGUAAAUUUCUGCAUAUUUGGUUGAUUGAGUUGAUGAAGGUUCUUAUA